GCCACAUCGCUUGCUCGGAACGACACAACUUUAAUUGUAUCUAAACAAAUUUUAAGUGUAAUGGAAAAAACAGAAGCAAUUACCAUACCUAACAUCGAUGCAUAUCGUCGUUUACUCAACAAGGCAGUCUCACAACUUCUAUUGGAUAAAGGAGCCGCCUCAGCCAGCAAUCAAUGCCUGGAAACAUUAACGCAAAUGAUGCAGGCGCUGAUUGUUGAAAUUGGAAAUUCGGCACACAAUUAUUGUGAGCUGGGUGGACGCACCAUGCCCAUCGUAGGUGACGUCAGCUUGGCGCUUAUUAACAUGGGCAUAUCAAUAAACAGCUUGGAGCCCUAUGUGCGUCGUGUCAAUCAUGUGCCUAUUCCCCUACCGUCACAACAAACACAACAGCGGCAAUUAAGUUUGUUGCAGGCUGGCAGCAAGGCGACACAUCCACAUUAUGUGCCCAGCUAUUUUCCAGCAAUGCCGGAUCCACACGCCUACAUACGGACGCCGACCCACAAGCAGCCUGUCACCGAGUACGAGGCGAUUCGGGAAAAAGCCGCUAGCCAGAAGCGCGAUGUCGAAAAGGCACUGACCAAAUUCCUGUGCAAGACUACAGAGACGAACAAUCUGUUUCCCACCGAAGAUAAUAUGUUUCCACUAAUUGCUAGCAAGCCAGCCUUUCCCGCCUACGCAGCUGCACUGAAUCCCACAGAUCAAGUGUUUGACUUUGAGGAGCUAGAGUAUCAUUACUUAGUGGCCAACCGUACAGAGGAUGUACCUAGCAAAGAGGAUGGCGAGGAUGGGGACAGUGAGAACGAGGAACUGGAGGGGGAUAAGUCCAAGGAAGAGAAGCCCGAGCUGGAGAUCAAGCCCAAUUCAACUACAAAUAAAGCAAUUUUGGAAAAUCCCAACAUAGACAAUCCCUACUUGCGUGCUGCCACUCUGCCCAAACGUUCCAAGCUGCACACAGACACCGCCGCACAGACACGGAUGCUGCCCACUCGUAAUCUUGUCUCAUCUGCCUCCGCAGCAUCAACGCCUUCAACUCUAGAAAUAACUAAAAGUAGCAUUUAGCGUAUGCACUGUAGUUAAAUUAGCGUAUAUUUUACGUGGGCAGUCCGACAAGUAGUGAGCCUUUUUCCCUG